AUGAACUCAUAAAAUGACCAAGAAAAAUUGGGCAUAGAUGAUUAAGGUUUGGGAGAAGUAUUUGUACCAUCAUAAGUUGUAAAAAAUUUUAAUCAAAUGGUUGCUGAACCUCAUCCUGUAUUUUCACUAUAUAAUAUAGCUACAGUUACCAUCUGAUAGAUCAGUUAAGCCUCCUUCAGAAAAUAAUGGUCAAAAUUAAGCACCUUUGGUACAUAUAUCAAUAUAUGUAGUUAACUGAUAAAUAGCAAGCUUAACCUUUAAUUAAGAAGCCUGAUCAAGUAGUUGAUGAAUCUAAAAAAUAGCCCAAACCUAUGUAAGGAUCUGCUCAUCAUAGUUAAGAUGAUGUCUCCAUUAAGAGUUCAGGAGGAGGCACUAAAUCUCCUCAUCAUUAAUGUACUUGUGUUAUUUAAUUUAUCAGAAGCCUAAUAGAAACGUAUUAAAAGAAUGAACAGUAGAGUUAAGAGUCGACACUCUUAAUAAAAGCAAUAAUCAGAUUUAUCAAAAAGAAUACUAAAAAUUACAGAAAGCACUGUGUUCUCAAUAAUUAUGGCUAUUGUCACUAUAUAUGCAUUAUUUGGAGAUGAUGUUCGAAUACUAUCAGUCGAUAAGUAAGGAGAUGAUGUAUUUUUUGUACUAACUGUUAUAUGCAUGGUUGCAUUUAUUGUAGAAAUUACACUUACUAGUAUUGCUAAACCAGAAUAUAUUUUGAAUGUAAAUAAUAUCAAUUUUUUAGUUUUAUUUUAUCUUAGAUGUUAUUUCUACAUUAACUAUGAUUUUAGAUUUAGGUUGGAUAACUGAUACAUGGUAUUCUGGAGAUUUAACAAGUGCAUCCUAGAUUAAAUCUAUUGGAACUGCAUCUAGAGCAGCAAGAAAGGCAGCUAGGGUUAUUAGAGUUAUAAGACUUGUAAGAUUAGUCAAAUUAUAUAAACAUGCUCGUUAGUAAAUGGAAAGAGAAUAGUAAAGAAAAUUACUAUAAGAUUUAUUAAGAUAAGCUUAAUAAAGUAAGAGUUAAGAUUAAUAAUAAUAAUAAUAAUAAUAAUAAGAAUAAAAUUUAACUAUUUAAUAAAUUAUACCAUAAAAUGAUGAAUCUAGAAAUAAUUCUUAAAAUGAAAUUGAAGCAGCCAAAACACCAGAUAGAAAUUCUAACUCUUAAAAUAAAUCAUCUUAAGUCUCUUCUUAAGCAGAAAACUAAAUAAAAGAAUCUAUUGUAGGUGCAUAAUUAUCAGAUCUUGUUAUGAGAAGAGUUAUUACAAUUAUUUUAGCUAUCUUAAUAAGUAUUCCUGUUCUUUCCUUAGAUACUUAUUAAGAAACAAUUAGUAGUUAUGAUUCAGGAAUUUACAGAAUUUAUUAAUUUAAAGACAAUUCUGAAGUAAUGAAGUCCCUUUUAUAUUAAUAUGCUUAAUUUCAUAUUGGGGAAAUUUAUCCAAUUUAUAGUGUUAAUGUAAAUUUAAAAGGAGGAAGUAAUACGAAUCUUGAUGAAUGGAAUUAUGAUACUAAUCCAGAAAUUUUUGAAGUUCCUACCUAUGAAAACAAUGACUAAUAUAGAUUUUCAGAUUUAUAAUAUUAUGUUAAAUCUGAUGGAUCAGAUUUGCAGAUUUAUGCCUCAGCAGAUUUGGUAGCCUAUAAUUAAACUAAUGCAAUUUUAUCAAUAUUUUAAACAGUCUUUGUGUGCAUAGUUUUAGCAGUAUCAGCUUUAAUGUUCAAUAAAGAUGUAUCUGAUUUGGUUAUAGAUCCGAUUGAAGGAAUGAUGUAAAAGAUAGAAAUGAUAGCAGCAAAUCCACUUGAAGCUGUUAAUAUAGAAGAAUAAGAAGAUUUAAUUAUGGAAGAAUUAGAAAAAUCUUAGGAUGUUGAGAAAUUAAAAUAGAAAGAGAUUGAAAAACAUAUGGAAACAUAUGUUCUUUAAAGAUUAAUUAUGAAGGUAGGUGCUUUGUUAGCUGUUGGGUUUGGUGAAGCAGGUUCUGAGAUUAUAGCUGAAAAUAUUAGAAAGGGUGGUAGUGUUGAUCCUAUGAUUCCUGGUAAGAAGAUAUUGGCAAUUUUUGGAUUUUGUGACAUUAGAAAUUUUACUGAUGUAAAAAUAAAUUAUAUAAAAUUAUAGGCCACUGAAGUAUUAUAAUAAGGAGUAAUGCUUUUUGUGAAUGAAAUAGCUGAGAUUGUUCAUUCAACUGUUGAUUCCAUGAGUGGAUCUGCUAAUAAAAAUAUUGGUGAUGCUUUCUUACUUGUAUGGAAAUAUUCUCCUAAUGAUUAUCAUCCUGACCCUGACAAUCCUAAAAAUUUGAAACUCAAAACUGAUAGAUACAUUAAAUAGAAAGGAGAUAUGGCAGUGAUGGGAUUUCUCAAAAUUAUAACAGCAAUAUCUAUCUCCAAAAAGCUAGAGAAGUAUAAGAAACACGAAGGACUAAAUGCUAGAAUGAAAGACUAUUCUGUUAAGAUGGGUUUUGGUUUACAUAUGGGUUGGGGAAUUGAAGGAGCUAUUGGUUCAGGAUUUAAAAUUGAUGCCUCAUAUCUCAGUCCUAAUGUUAAUAUGGCAUCAAGAUUAGAAGCUGCAACUAAAUAAUUUGGAUCACUUAUUCUCGUUAGUGGUAUUCUAAAGUAAUAUUUGACUGAGGAAUGUUAAAAGUAGAUGAGAAUGAUAGAUAUUGUUACAGUGAAAGGAAGUAUUAUGCCUUUAGGUAUGAAUUUUAAUUUAUUUUUAGAAUUACAUACAGUGGAUAUGUCUAUCAAAAAUUUAUAAUCUAAAAUCAAGACUCUAAGAGAUAAAUUUGAUGUUUCAUCAAUGACUUAAAAAGAAUCAAAGAAAUUUAGAGUUGUUAAUAGAUUUAAGAGAGAUCAAUAAAUGAAACAAGUAAUGAAUAAUUAAAUUAAUAUAACUGAUCUCUUUGAAAAGGAUGAUGAAUUAUCAGCUGCAAGAGAACCAUAUACUUAAGUAAAUUAUUAAUUGUGAUUAUUUUUAGUAAUUUUAUGAGAUUUGGAAAUAGGGAUUUGAUUAAUACAUUAAAGGAAAUUGGGGAGAAGCAUAAUCUAUAUUCUAGAAGACUUUAGUAAAUAAUAUAUAUUAUAAUUUAGACUAUGAUACCUGAACAUAAAGAUGGGCCAUCCAAUACACUUUUAGAAGUUAUUCAUUCUUGUGGUGGAAAAGCUCCCAAAGAUUGGAAAGGUUAUAGAGAGCUUACAGAAAAAUGA